AUUGAAAAUAAUUGCUAGCAUAGAACAAUUUUGGGUGAAAUCUUUUGUAAAGAAUAAUUUAGGGUGAUAUUGAAUCAGCCAUGACUACUAGACCCAAACCAUUGAUCAAAUCUUAAGACAUUUUUGAUAUGGUAUAUGGCAUAUAUUAUGGACACUAAUGAAGAGGAGAGAAUUAAGGGUAUUACUGUGGAAGUUGGAGGAGGAAGAUACUUUGAGACUGAAAAUACUAGGUUUACCAUUUUGGAUGCACCGGUCAGAUUCGGGCCACUGGCGCGUGAGGGGUCACAAGAGUUAUGUGCCCAAUAUGAUCAGUGGAGCAGCUCAAGCAGAUAUUGGUGUUCUGGUAUUUCUACCCGUAAAGGGGAAUUUGAAACUGGAUAUGAGAGGAGUGGGCAAACCCGUGAACAUGUUCAGCUUGCAAAAACUUUGGGUGUAUCUAAGCUGUUUGUGGUUGUGAACAAAAUGGACGAUCCUACUGUUAACUGGUCAAAAGAAAGAUAUGAUGAAAUUGAAUCUAAGAUGAUACCAUUUCUGAGGUCUUCAGGCUACAACUUGAAAAAGUUCCUACCAAUAUCUGGUCUUCUUGGUUCCAACGUGAAAACGAGACUGGACAAGAGCAUAUGCCCCUGGUGGAAUGGCCCCUGCCUCUUUGAAGUUCUUGAUACAGUUGAAAUUCCUCCUAGAGAUCCAAAAGGUCCUUUUAGGACGCCUAUAAUCGACAAAUUUAAAGGCAUGGGAACUGUCAUAAUAGGAAAGGUUGAAUCUGGUACCGUGCGUGAGGGUGAUUCUUUAUUCGUCGUGCCAAACAAGGCUCAAGUGAAAGUUCUUGCCAUUUACUGUGAUGAAGAUAAGGCUGCACAUGCUGGACCUGGUGAAAAUCUGCGGGUUAAGUUAUCUGGAAUUGAAGAAGAGGACAUAUUAUCUGCUGGGUAUAAAGCUUUCUUGCACAUUCAUUCUGUUGUUGAGGAAUGUGAGAUUGUUGAGCUGCUACAACAAGUUGAUCCCAAGACAAAGAAACCCAUGAAAAAGAAAGUUCUAUUUGUUAAGAAUGGUGCUGUCGUUGUUUGCCGCAUUCAGAAGGAACUUGGAGGAGGAAGAGAGCCAACCGUGAGUUCCUCUUUGUUGAGCUUCAUUUCCUUUCAUUUGCUACCACUUGUGCAGCUUCAUGUGGCUGUACUUGCUGCUAUUUUGCAACCUCAUUUGCAUUUCAUUUGCAUUUCAUUACAGCCUCAUUUCAUCAACAUUUGCAGCAUGGUUUGCUGCACUUUGCUGCAUGGUUUGCUGCACUUUGCUGCUACCGUGCUUUGGUGCAGCCUUCCUUGUUCAUUUGCUGCCUCCUGUGCAGCUUUCCUUCCAUUGCUGCCUCUUGUGCAGCUUUGACACCACAGCUCCAACAAUAUGAAAGCUGUAUCAUUGUUCUGUUAUUUAUGCACCUUCUAAGCUUUCAAAGUUCUGAAGUGGUUGGAAUCUCCAACCAAUAUUACAUUUUGUCAAAUAGUUUUCACUGGCAGUCUUUUUUUAACAAGGAAUUAAGUUUUUCUUUGAAG